GCGAAUUCAAAUCAGUUUGUUUUUUUCGGCCGAUGUAUGAUUCAUGUGAGAGAUACAAAGAUGGACUGUGAAAAAUUGAUAAGUUUGGUGCAGGAAAGAAGAAGUUUGUGGGAUCCGCGAUGUGGUCAGUAUCAUAAUAGAGAUGUAGCUCGGAAGCUGUGGAUUGAGAUCGCCACUUCAUUGGAAACUACAAGUACUUGGCUACAGGGAUACAGUUCAGGCAACUUGCUUAUUCAUUCAGAAUUUCGAAAAGUAAUAGUUGUGCAAGUAUGCAAAGCUAUUUGGAAAACGUUACAGAAAGAGCACAUGCCAGAACCAACAGUUGCACAUUUAGAAAAAGUUGCAGAAGGCUUUUGGAACACGUGGCAAUUUCCCAAUUGUGUUGGGUGUAUUGAUGGUAAACACAUAAGAAUAAAACGCCCAUCAAAUUCCGGUUCCAUGUAUUACUGUUACAAAAAUUAUUAUUCCAUCGGCUUACUUGCAGUCACAGAUGCGAAUUACAAGUUCAUCACUGUGGAUGUUGGCUCUUUUGGAAAAGACAGUGAUGCUGGGGUUUUUGACAACUGCCCUCUACGUCGAGCACUUGCAUCAGGAAGAAUAAAGUUACCAGAAGAAAAAUGCUUGCCAGGUUCAACAAUCAAGGCACCAUUUGUUUUCCUUGGCGAUGAGGCCUUUCCUCUCACAGAGUACCUCAUGAGACCUUUCCCACGAGGUCAAUUGCAAGAAGGAGGAGAAAAUGAGGAGUUUAAUUACAGACUGUCGCGAACUAGGAUGGUAGUGGAAUGUUCUUUCGGAAGUAUUGUCACAAAAUUUCGUAUAUUAGGAAAGGCAAUUGAAACUAACGUACAGAAUGCUGUACAGAUUGUAAAAGCUGUAACAUUACUACACAAUAUUAUUAAAGAUUUUGAAAGCAUCACUGAAAUUGAUGUGCAAAGAUUUUCAGCUGUGAGAGCAGAUCCAAGGGCAUAUAUGACAACAUCAAAGAGGAACAAUGCGUCGUCACGAAGGGCUGCUCUUACAAGGCACGAAUUUUGCAGGUUUUUCAAGCUCCACCCUUUAAAGCGAACAUAAUUCGCCUUCACCACUUCACGUUAUGAACUUAUUAUUUCUAUUGUAAUCAGUUUUUUAAAAAAAAAAUUGAAAAAAUA